AUAUUGAACGUAGUGUAAACGUAAAUAAAUACUGUGAAAAGAAAGCGAGCAUGGAAAUCUGAGAAACCCACCCAUUCGAAUCAGAGAGAGAGAGAGGAGAUGUCAUCGCACGGCAACGAUCCCCGUCAGCCAUCGGCGGCGAAGCCAUACGUGGCGCCGCAGGUGGCACCGCAAGACCUUCCGAUCGAUUACGCUGGUUUCAUCGCCGUCUUAUUCGGCGUCGCCGGCGUCAUGUUCAGGUACAAGUUGAGCUCCUGGAUGGCUCUCAUCUUCUGCGCGCAAUCCAUUGCCAACAUGAGGAAUGUCGAGAAUGAUCUCAAACAAGUUAUGAUGGCUAUGAUGUUUUCUAUGAUGGGAUUGAUUACAAACUACUUUGGACCUCCUAGACCCAACAAACAAAGCUGAGAUCUCAAGUUUCUGAAGUAAAAAUGACCAUUUUGUGGGGUCUUUUUGGAAAUUAACCAACAAACAUGAAAGGAAUUAUAUUCCUUGGGUGUUUUUCGUUACUUUAUGUAGCUUAGUUGGUUGUAUUAAAGAUACUUGCGAUUUGCUGGAUUCCUGUCUUUUUAGUCAGGAAUCCUUAAAGAUAUUAUUCAGGAAUCUUAGGAGAGCUACAUCA